AUGGAUCAGAACCCACCGGGCUCCGGGCAGCAACAGCAGCACCAGCCACCACUUCCACGGUAUGAUCCCGCCAAUGGGGGACAUUACGGCGCGAGUGCUUCGGUGGCAGCGCAAACAGGCUUCACAUCCCCAGAAUUCUAUACGGGGACGUGGGCGAAUGUCAGCCAAGGCCUCAGUGGCAACUACCGCGAUAUUUUGACAACCUACUGGCAGCAAACCAUCAACAGCCUCGAGAAUGAGAGCCAUGACUACAAGCUCCAUCAGCUUCCAUUAGCCAGAAUCAAGAAGGUCAUGAAGGCUGAUCCGGACGUAAAAAUGAUUUCAGCUGAAGCGCCGAUAUUGUUCGCUAAAGGAUGCGACAUCUUCAUUACCGAGCUCACGAUGCGCGCAUGGAUUCACGCUGAAGAAAACAAGCGUAGAACGCUGCAGCGUUCAGAUAUUGCUUCAGCACUGGCAAAAUCCGACAUGUUUGACUUUCUUAUCGAUAUCGUUCCCCGAGAAGAAGCCGCAAGUCACGCCAAAAGAUCUGGAGGUCAGGGAGGCGCAGGGGGAAGCGCGGCCUCUGCUGCAGCGCAAGCCUCUUCAGGCGGCCAAAUCAUUCCCCCCCCGAACAACGUUCAACAGCAACCUCCACCCGGCCACCCUCAGCAAGCGUCACAGCAAAUGGGCCAUGCGGACUAUUCUUCGCUAGGGAACGCCCAGAUGGCACAGGAGCAGGAGUAUAGGCCACAGCCCGGAAUAUACGCUCCUCAAGUACCACCUGAUCCUACCAACGCUUAUGGCCACCCACCACAACAGAUGUUCGAGGGUUUGUACAGUUACUCUCUUCCUACACAGCCAAUGUAUCCAGUUAAUCAGAGGGGCCAGGACCCUUCAGGUGGACAGAAUACGAGCCAUCAAUAUCAAAGACACGAGGGAGGCGAAGGGGAUGCAGAUGCAGAAGGUGAACGAGAUUACGAAGUCGGUUAA